GAAGAUUGCUUAUCUCUGAAACAUCUCUCCCAGCUGUGCUAGGUGGUGGCUCCGGGAGCGUUAAUUAUUACCUCUGUCCUUGAAGUUUAAGUCCCAUUUAAAUACAGACCCGUGUAAGCAGAAAGGAUGCAUUAGAGAAUUCAGAUCUAGAAGAAUCAUUGUGCUAUGUAUAUUUCAUCAAAUGGACUCUCCAAGUGUCUAAUCUUUCAAACCAUCAUCGCUAUGAACACUGACAUUUCUGCAAUGAGUAGAGGAAUGCGUGGAGGAAGCUGGUACAACAUUUUGUAGAGGAUAUCCUUGGUGCUAGGGUUGGAGUGAUUUAUGUCCCCUUUGAGUUUCCGAGAUACGUGCUCAUAGAAAAGAGACGAGAGAAUGAAAUUUUCACUUACAGGAGUUGCAUUUGUUGGUUUUGGAUAUGGAGAGUGAAGCAAUGGAGACUGCCUGAAAAAAAGUACGAUUAAAAGUUUAACAAGAGGCUUUUUGGGGGAAACAUUCAGUGCAAUAGUUAUCCUAGCAUCUUGGAAAGACAAGUGACGGAAUCCUGACUAUCGUUUUGGGAAAUACUGUCAGUUUUCUUACUGCCCGUGUUGUAAUCGCGCUGACCUAGCGAACCAAACGGUGAUCACUCAUUUAUUCUGAAGUGCCAAGAGCCACGCUCAGAUCCCACUCCGAAAUCUGAAGGUGGCACGCCGUUUCAAGAUUGACUUGCUUUACGAAACCUUUAAACCCUUUUAUUUAGUCAGCUCAUUAAACUUUUGCAUCAUCAACUUUUUUUUGUUGCAAUGCCCCAUUUUUCUUGAGCUCAUCAAAUUUAGAUUAACACGUAUCUUAAAAAGGAUCCAGCGGUCAUUCUUGAACUUGUUAACCACUUAGAAAGAUUGGAUCUUCGUACUGCUAUUUCCAAAGGCGUGUCUUCUUCGCAUUUGCUCUUGAUGCAAGACGAAAAUGAUGAUUGAUGGAAAACAGACCUGAGACAGCAGUCGCUCAUCACUUUGCCUGAGACACUGAUUUAUCAGCACGUCAGGCAGUCUAUCACAAGCCCCGAACACACCUCAUCCCUUUAAGCUAUCAGUACAAAAGUUGAAGAGACUUGACUCCUAUGAACUGCCUGCUGAUAAACUGGAUUUCACAACAGAACUGGGAAACAGACAUAACACAGUAAGACUAAAACUAGCAGCCUAAAGCAAUUAUCAAAAAGCUGGCAUGCUGGCACAGAUCCAAACCUCUCAAUUUAAUAGAAGUUGGAUUAAAUUGUAAGAUUGUCUGCUUGUCUUUGGAUAACAUUAAAAAAAAACGUUAGAGAAAACAUCAAAAGGACCUAGAGAUGCAUUUGUCUAUUUUGUUGACACUGCAUGCCCUUUGGGUAACUGUUUGUCAUGCUGUGCAGCACUAUCCCUCAACAUGGGGACAUUAUGACGUAUGCAAAUCACAGAUCUAUACUGAUGAAGGCUUAACCUGGGAUUACAUGGCCUGUCAACCAGAAGCAACCGACAUGACAAAAUAUUUAAAAGUAAGGCUUGACCCACCUAACAUAACUUGUGGAGACCCACCAGAGACAUACUGCGCAUUGGAAAAUCCUUAUAUGUGCAAUAAUGAAUGUGAUGCUAGCACUGAAGAGCUGGCACACCCUCCUGAAUUGAUGUUUGAUUUUGAAGGUCGAAACCCAACUACAUUUUGGCAGUCAACAUCCUGGAAGAAGUAUCCAAAGCCACUGUUGGUCAACAUCACUCUAUCUUGGAACAAGACUAUAGAGCUCACAGAUGACAUUGUAAUAACAUUUGAGUCUGGUCGCCCAGAACUCAUGAUCCUUGAGAAGUCACUAGACUAUGGUCGAUCUUGGCAGCCAUAUCAGUUCUAUGCCACAGACUGCUUGGAAGCUUUCAAAAUGGAACCCAAAACUGUCCAUGAUCUGACCCAAGGCACACUGUUGGACAUCAUUUGUACAGAAGAAUAUUCCAGGGGAUAUGUAUGGAAAAAUGACAAAACGGUUCGUUUUGAGAUCAAAGACCGAUUCGCCCUUUUUGCAGGACCUCGGCUGCACAAUGUGGCUUCUCUUUAUGGACAGCUGGACACGACCAAAAACUUAAGGGACUUCUUCACCAUCACUGACCUCAGGAUAAGACUUCUGAGACCAGCUACAGGAGCAACAGUGGUCGAUGAACAUAACUUGUCAAGAUACUUCUACGCCAUAUCUGACAUAAAGGUCCAAGGAAGAUGCAAGUGCAACCUUCAUGCCAACAGCUGCGUCUUUGACAAAGAGAAACUGUCUUGUGAGUGUGAGCACAACACCACAGGCCCAGACUGUGGGAGAUGUAAGAAAAAUUACCAGGGCCGAGCCUGGAGUGUUGGAUCCUACCUGCCAAUCCCAAAAGGCACUGCAAAUAUCUGUAUUCCCAAUAAUCUUGGUCCUGUUAACUGUGAAUGCUUCGGCCACUCCAACCGGUGCAGUUACAUCGAGCUGCUAAACUCAGUCAUUUGUGUGAGCUGUAAGCACAACACUAGAGGGCAGCACUGUCAGUUAUGCAAGCUCGGCUACUACAGAAACGCUACAGCAGAGCUGGACGAUGAAAAUGUGUGCAUAGACUGUAAUUGUAAUCCCUUUGGCUCAGACAGUGAUCACUGUAAUGGCACAGGAUUUUGUAAAUGUAAGGAGGGAACAACAGGGGCUAAAUGCGAUGUGUGUCUGCCGGGAUAUAUAUGGGACAAUGGCUGCAAAUCUCGGGUGUGUGACAACGAGCUCCUCCGCUGUCAGAAUGGAGGAGUGUGUCAUAACAACCUCCGGUGCCACUGCCCCACAGGUUACACUGGCCUUCUGUGUGAGAAGCAGAAAUGUGAAAAAGAGCCCGGAGGCUGCAGUGGUUCAAACUCUGGCCAGAAUGUGCUAACCCCUCCUCAUUACUACCUACUACUGCUGCUUCUGGCUGCACUGCUGCAAGGAGUCUGUUGUCAUCUAACUCUUUAGGGGAAAAAAAGCUUCAGAGCAGUCCACCAGCUUCAGAACCAGGCUAUUGAUAAGGAAUGUGUCGAAACGAAAGCAAAUAUUUGACAAAUUAAAAGGAUAAAACAAUACAUAUAUAAACUGAGCUUUUGCUUUAUAAAGCUGACAGACAUCCGGAGACCAGUGAACUAAGCCAUAAUAGAUACUAUUCUCCUGGAGAGGCUCUGAAGUCCACAGACUGCUUUUCCUUCAGCCUCACCAAGACAAUGGCAGCUGCAGUACUCAACGGCGAUCACAAUGCAAGCUGCAGAGACACACUGGGAUGCUUUAGAGAAAAUGUGAGCUGGAUUGCUAUUGAUCAGUCUGAUGCGGUGCAAUAUAGAACUGUCCAGUUUGGGUGGACCAACAAAAUGGAAGCAUUCUUUGCUGUCAGUGCAUUGUGGAUAUAAGGAAAUCCAUUCAGACUGCCACUUUUGACCUGUUCCUGUCCCAACUCCUUCAGUCCCUUAUAACCUGUGCUUUUGUGAACGUUGCUCUGUAACCCUCGUUGGUUGAAAGAUUUCAUGUCUGAUGUUAGUGACGCACAUGUGUAAUAACCCCUGCCCCCCGACCCUGCCCCUCAAAAAAGCAAGUCAAGUCAAUCAUACUCUUGUAUAUCUUAGAAGCACUAGAUCCUCUAUGAUCCUGGUGUUCACCUGAAAAAAAAAGUGGUUAUGAAAAACAUCAGUGUAUUUAAUCUUUUUUUGUAUAAAAUGCAGUUAUUUUCUUGAAAAACAAAAAGUAAUAUGUAGAUUUUUUCUUUUUGUAUCAUUGCCUAUAUUGUGUUAAAAGGCAACUUGUUAAAAUAUUUAAUCGAAAAAAAAAGGAUAGAAGAAAUGUUUUAUUUUUGGUUUUAUUUUGGUUGUACAGAGAUUCCUCUGUAUUGGCAACGUGCUGGCAUCAAAGAAUAUCAGUUUACAUAUAUACUAAAGUGUAAUAAAAUUCCACCAAAGGACAUUCUAAAUGUUUUCUUGUUGCUUUAACACUGGAAAGUUUAAGUGAAUAAAAAAGAUCUA